CGGUGUUAUAUAAACGAAGCUGACAGCAUAAUAUUCUCCCAAAGCCAGUAUCUUUGUGUUUUCUAUAUAAGUUCUCCUUUCCUAUAAUAUACCAGUUAUUUUGUAAUUAAGACAACAGAAGUUACAAAACUUUUUUUUUACAACAAUUCUUUUCUUUAAUAAUUGAAACCAUGGAGUCAAUCGACAAGACAGCAACUAAAGCCGCUUGGGUUUACAACACUAACGGACCAUAUCGAAACGUGCUCAAGCUUGACAAGGAGUUCCCAAGUGAAACCAGCGAAGAUUUUAAGCCUGAUGACAUUCUGGUGGAUGUGGUAGCUAUGAGCAUCAAUCCUGUUGAUUACAAGCUGAUGCAAACGUAUAAGUUUAUAGGAAAGCUCGGUUUUAAGUAUCCUGUCAUUCCCGGUCUUGACUUUGCUGGAAAGAUCGUGGCCACAGGUCCUGACGUUAGGGGUUUGAAGGUAGGUGAUCAUGUUUGGGGAAAACAGGCCGUACAUCGUUAUAGGCAACAAGGAGGAACCUUGGCAACUCGUAUCCUUACUGAUACCAAAUGCGUAUACCCUCUUCCCGAAUCCGUUAGCUUCAACGAUGCCGCUGCUUUCGGCGUUGCCGGUCUCACUGCUUGGGAGGGUUUGGUAGAGCAUAUGAAAAUUAAACCAGGCCAAAAGGUAGUUAUUGUCGGAGCCAGUGGUGGUGUUGGAACAUUUGCCAUUCAGAUUGCAAAGGCUCUCGGGGCUGAGGUAACCAGCAUCAGUUCGACGCAAAAUCUCCAGUUAUGCAAAUCCUUAGGAGCUUUCCAUACCAUUGAUUACAAAUCCGAAGACGUUGUUGCUAAAUUAGCAGAAACUGGUCCUUACGAUUUUGUUUUUGACCUGAUUAAUGACAAUGGUCUUUACCGUGCUUCCUCUAAAUUUAUGAAACUUGGAGGAUCUUUCUACGGUAUUGCAAGUGACAUAUCUUUGUCAUACAUUGGCAGUGUCAUGUCCCGCAAAUUGCGACCUAAAAUCUUGGGAGGCAGCUCUCAUCCUUACCAAGAUUUCAUGCUCGCGUCUGCACCAAAAACUAUCAAGGAGUUCUCGGAAUUUGCUGUCGCUAACGGGAUUAAUACUGUUAUUGAUAGCGUUUAUGACUUUGACCGUGCUCUUGAUGCGUUUGAUCGUUUGGCUUCUCAUCGCUCUAAGGGCAAUGUUGUCAUAAAGAUGGAUUAAAUGUAUACAAAUGCCGUCUUAAUUAUAUAUGAAUGGAUUGAUAAUUCCGUUUAUAGUGUAUGAGGACAUAUUUUCAGGUUUCUAUUAUAAUAUAACAUACGGCUUUUCUUUAUGAUGUUUUUUACGUUUGAAUGCCGAAGAAUGACGAUAAUUUUUACUGAAUGUUUAGAGGAUUAAUGAUAUAUUGCUAAGUUGAUAAUCAUGCCUUCUGUAGUUUGUUCAUUUUGAAAAGAUUUUUUAA